AUGCACAAAGCUGUGAAGGAUGUACGUCAACGCCAAAGUAAGCGAUACAAAGAACGAUCACAUUACGAACAGACAAUCAACUUCUCAAUUGGGGACUACGUAUUGCGAUCACGUGUCGACGAGAAGCUGUACGCAAAUAAGUUGCGUGUAGUGUGGGUUGGACCGUAUCGUGUUGUCGGUAGCGCAGACUACUACUUUACGGUAGAACAUUUGGUGAAUGGUACUACGAUGGAUGUACAUCCAUCUCGAUUGAAAUUUUACGCAUAUGAUUCUCUCAACGUUAAUGAAGAAUUGAUCGACCAUAUCGCGUCGCAAGGUACUCUGCUUGCAGUAGAAGCGUUUGUGAAACAUCGGUUAAAUCCAGACAUGCAGAGCUAUGAGGUCAAAGUCAAGUGGUUUGGUCUCGAACUCAUCGAAGACUCCUGGGAACCUAUUAAGACGAUGAGUGAAGAUGUUCCUCAGCUUCUCCUGGAAUACGCUACGAGCUCAACAGACGACCUUUUCUUACGCGCUGUGAUGAGUGCUAUUGAUAUCAAGAAGCGUCAGCGCUCUAAGUGCAACAGAACCUAA